ACUGCUAGUUCUAACUUUCCUUGCCUGCAAAGUUGUGUAAAUACAAGUUUGUAGAAAGAGAAAUAGAGAACAAAGCGAAGGAUAAAGAAAGGGACAAAUGCAAAAGAGAGCACCCACUCUGUUCUGAUUCUCUAUCUCUCUCUACAAUUCUCGCUUAUCCGACUCAAAUCUUGCGUAGUUGCUCGCUACCCAAGUCGGGCAUCGUCUGUUUCUGGGUUCUGCUGAAUUGGUUCAAAUUGUCUGUUCUGUAAAUGGAUUUUCAUCUUAAGAUAGCUUGUUAAUUUGGGAAAUUGAAGACAAUUAGAAGCUAAAAUGUCUAUUAAGAACAGAGGAGAGCUGUCUUCAAGAAGCGUUAUAUCACAGAAAUGGACCCUUUUGCUUUGCUUGGGCAGUUUCUGUAUUGGAAUGCUUUUCACGAACAGAAAUUUCCGCUGACAGGAUGUGGGCAGUCCCGGAGGCUAAAGGUAUUACACGGACAACAGAAACAGAAUCUGAAAGAUUAAAGUUAGUUUCAGAGGGCUGUGGCCCAAAAAUUUUGCUGCAGAAAGAAGUGAAGCCCGAAUCGAAGGACAUUUUUGGGGAAGUUUAUAAAACUCAUAAUGCCAUUCAGACAUUGGAUAAGACCAUUUCAAAUUUAGAGAUGGAAUUAGCUGCUGCAAGAGCAGUGCAAGAAUCCAUACUCAGCGGUUUUCCAGCAUCAGAGGACUUAAAGAAGACUGAAUCAGCUGGGAAAAGAAGGUACCUGAUGGUAGUAGGAAUAAAUACAGCUUUCAGCAGCCGGAAAAGGAGAGAUUCUGUUCGUGCAACUUGGAUUCCACAAGGUGAAAAAAGGAAGAAACUUGAGGAAGAGAAGGGCAUUAUCAUCCGCUUUGUCAUUGGUCAUAGUGCUACUUCAGGAGGUAUUUUGGACAGAGCAAUUGGUGCAGAAGACAAGAAACAUGGAGAUUUCUUGAGGCUGGACCAUGUUGAAGGGUACCUUGAAUUGUCUGCCAAGACAAAGAUAUAUUUCGCUACUGCUGUGGCUUUAUGGGAUGCUGAUUUCUAUGUCAAAGUUGAUGAUGAUGUUCAUGUAAAUAUAGCAACUCUUGGAGAGACUCUUGUUAGACACAAGAAGAAACAACGGGUGUAUAUUGGAUGCAUGAAAUCUGGUCCUGUUCUUAAUCAGAAGGGAGUGAGAUAUCAUGAACCUGAAUAUUGGAAAUUUGGUGAGGCAGGAAACAAGUAUUUCCGUCAUGCUACAGGACAACUAUACGCCAUUUCAAAAGACUUGGCCACAUAUAUAUCAAUAAACCAGCAUGUCCUACACAAGUUUGCCAAUGAAGAUGUCUCACUGGGAUCUUGGUUUAUCGGACUUGAUGUGGAGCAUAUUGAUGAUCGUAGGUUAUGUUGUGGCACCCCACCUGACUGCGAGUGGAAGGCCCAGGCAGGCAACAUCUGUGUGGCUUCAUUUGACUGGACCUGUAGCGGGAUUUGCAGGUCUGCUGAUCGGAUUAAGGAGGUCCAUCGGCGUUGUGGAGAGGGUGAGAAUGCUUUGUGGAGUGCUUCUUUCUAGGAGGCAGCUUGGAAUUCUUCCAAGCUCGGAGAAUGAUGAGUUAAAAAAGAAUAGUUGUUCAUGUCAUGUAUUUUAGUUGAUAUACCGAGCAAAUCAUCGUGUCAAACCUUAAGAGAGAUAGAGAACGGCCAUACUGCAUGAAUGUGCUCCAUUUUAGCGAAGGAGAUACACUCAUAGCAAUGGCUACAAAAAGAAGAAGAGGCUGUAACCACCUAGUCCAUUCAUUCUUUGAGCUUGAAGGCUAAUUUGUAAGUUGCAGUUCCUUGGCUGUCAAGUUCCUUAAUAAAUACAAAUCUUUGUCGUGGUUUUUUCUG